AUGCAGUGUGAUCCAGAAACAGUUGAAGUUGUUGAACAAAUUGAAUUCUACAAGUUAACCCACUGCAAAAAUGAUGUUUGGACGUGUCAUACAGCGGAGGAAAACUAUGGUAAAAUGCUUGAACUCCGAGAUGCGCCUACACCUGAAGGUUCAACACCCUUGACCGAUGCUCAAAUAUGUGAGGAAGUGCUAGGUGUAAGAUCCGGAUAUGUCAAGGGUCUUGGUCAUGGGUAUGAAAAACCUAGCUCGUCUAGCAUCGAAUAUAAUGCGGAGUUAGGCGAAGCUCUUAGGAGGGCAGAUGACGCAGAGAAGAGAAAUAAGGAACUUGAAGAAAGAGUUGAUGAUCAAAAUCGCACAAUACAGGGGCUGGUAACUGACACAAUGGAUAUAAGAAGAAUGUUGCUUGAAAUGCAGGGAAACCGUCAAAGCACUCCUGAGAACAGUCAAAGUACUCCUGAGAACCGUCAAACCACCUCUUGAGAUGAUUGUUGAGGGACCAACAGUUGAGAUCUGCAUCUCUGUUUCUUUUUUUAGCUUUAUGUUUCAACAAGUGGUAUCGUUUUUUCUUCACUUUAGAAUUAGCUUUAUGUUUCUCUUUUGAAAUUUGUAGUGGUAUCGUUUCUUUUCUUCAGUUUAGAAUGUUAAGUUUCUUAAUUAGUGGUGUCAUUUAAUGAACAAUGUAGAUCUUUUCUAUUAAUGAUUUGCUUCUUUUCGAAAA